CUGCCGGAGAGUGCCGCCGACAUCCAGCCGCAGCCACCGCCCACCGAGGGGCCCCAGCCGGAGCCGGAGCCAGAGCGUCUGGGGUCGGAGCCGGAGCCGGAGCCAGAACGUCUGGGGCCCGAGCCGGAGCGGCCGGAGCAGGAGCCGGAGCGUCUGGGGUCAGAGCCGGAGCGUCCAGAGCCGGAGCCGGAGGUAGUCCAGGCUGGCCGCCGUAUCGCUCAGGCGUCGCUCGACUCUUCCGACUCGACUGAAGACGAAGAGGCGCGCACCGCCGGACGCUUCAUCACGCCGGCUGGAGUGGAGGUGAGAACGCAGGCCAGCCGUCCGCUAUCACCUCGUUUCACGACGCUUAUCUGGUAA